AUGAGAUUCUCAGGCCUUGCGCUCGUUUCCCUUGCUGCUUUUGCGGCUGCAGCCCCUGCUCCCCAUGGAGAAAGCGAGGAUGCCGCUACGGUCGAUGCCAUCUCUAACGCUCUCUACGCCUCUUGGGGUAUAAUCAAGAGAGAAGGUGCCGAGCUCAGUGAGGAGCAGGCAGCCACUGUCGACGCUAUCUCGAAUGCUCUCUAUGCCUCUUGGGGAAUCAUCAAGAGAGCUGAAGAUCUCACCGAGGAGCAGGCCGCCACGGUCGACGUCAUCUCCAACGCUCUCUACGCCUCUUGGGGAAUCAUCAAGAAGGAGUGA